AUGAAGCGUAAACAGUCACUGGCAUCGUCCGACGAUGAUCCCCUUCAGGUCGAAGAGUCAACGCCACGAAAGCGGAGAGCAUCUCCAGAUGAUCCUGAAACACCACAAACGAGCACACCAUUGUCUCGGUUGCGAAGUCGCUCUAAGCCCAACCAUGGCCACCCUCCGGUCGACUCGCCCACCCCUAAGCCUAAAAGGAAACCGGUCUUUUCGACACCUAACAAAACCUCAAAAUCUCGCGGUAUAGCCAGUGAUACCCCUUCAAGAAUCAAGAAUGCCGAUCGUUCUGCCAAAAAAAAAAGUGCGGCAAUCCUUUUCAAUCCAAAUGAAGACGACUUGUGGAAUGGCGGGGAGAAGUUGGCGCGUGAGAUAUGGGAUAUCGAGGAGGAGACUGAAGGUGAAGACGAGAUCAACGGGAUUCUGGAUACAAACGAGGUCCCCGAGGCGGCAAAGGAUGGCUUAAACAAGUCCACCGGUGCACCAGGGUGCAACAGACAACCCAGAACGCGGGCCAGGCGACGAACGCCGACCCCCGACGGUGACCUUCCGUCUCAUGAAAGAUACUUCUUCCAAAACCGCCCUGGGCCAAUGUUGACGUCGGAUAAUACUCUUUCCAAACUAACUUUGCUGACGCAUGAGGAAUAUUUUGACCAGUUGGAGAAACUGGAUGACCCACAGUCUAAAGAAAAGGAGGCUCUAGUCGACAUCCAUGAGCGAUCAUUCCCGCAAUGGAAUUUUGAAUUAAUUGAAGGGUUUAAUAUAUGCCUAUAUGGAUAUGGCUCUAAGCGAAAUCUUGUACAGCGAUUUGCAGGUUGGCUAUAUGAACGGUAUAGCGACCCUCCUACUAUUGUCGUGGUGAAUGGUUAUGCGACCAAUGUUACUCUCAGAUCUAUUCUUGCAACAAUAAUAAGCGCAGUCAUGGGUCCUGAGGCUCCAACAAAGCUCGGAACACAACUGUCUGAGGUCUUGGAUGUGUUGCAGUCCAAUCUCAACGUGAGACCGCCAAAGCAUCCAAUAACAGUCCUCAUAAACUCCAUAGAUGCGCCCCCGUUACGCCGUCAGGCCCAUCAGACUCUUCUAGCACGCCUUGCCAGCCUUCCUCAUAUCAAUAUUGUUGCUACCGCCGAUACACCUAAUUUUCUUCUCUUGUGGGAUAUCGGGCUCCGAGAUCAAUUUAAUUUCGCUUUUCAUGAUUGCACGACCUUUGCUCCAUAUGAUGCGGAGCUCAACGUUGUUGAUGAAGUCCACAGCCUCCUUGGCCGCAAAGUUCGCCGGAUAGGUGGAAAGCAAGGGGUCGGCUUUGUUCUCAAAAGUCUUCCAGAGAACACCCGGAAAUUAUAUCGUCUCCUUAUUACAGAGCUUCUCACUAUGCUAGGAGAUCAAAAUAUUUCAGAAGGCGAGGUGGACCAAGCGACCACUGACCCGCGUGAUAAAACUGGCAACGAGCGGAGGGAAACGGCGAUUGAAUGGCGCACGUUAUUCCACAAGGCUACUGAAGAAUUCAUCUCUUCCUCGGAACUGAUGUUCCGGACGCAACUUAAAGAAUUUUAUGACCACCAGAUGAUCAUCUCGCGGACAGACUCGAGUGGCGCGGAAAUGCUUGGAGUCCCUCUUUCUCAAGAGGAGAUGGAGAGUAUUCUAGAAGAUCUUGUCAUAGAGCAGUGA